AUGUCGGACACGACGCUGAGCAACGUGUUCUGGGGCCACAGCGCCGGCGUCCUCGUGCUCUCGAGCUCCGGUCUGCUAUGGCGCAGCCGCGCGACCGAAGGGCAGAAGAAGCUGCUGAAAGACGACAUUGUCACGCUCCUGUGGACGCCCGUGGGGCCCAAGACGCACCAUUUGAAAGUGUACCAAAAAGGCGGUACGUACGUGCGGUUUACCGGGCUGAAAGCACCGGACAUUGCGCAACUCAAGCACCACGUCGAACGGUAUUUCGACCGCGAACUCGAACAAGAGAAAGUUGCUGCAAGCGGCGGCAAUUGGGGCAGUAUGAAAUUUGAAGGGCCUAACUUGAAUUUUCGCGCCACGCACGCGAGCGUGAUGGAGCUCCCAUUGGAGCAAAUUUCACAGUGUGCGCUCCCGGGGAAGCACGAAGUCGAGCUGCAGUUCCAUGAAGACGAUACCGUGGCCGGCGACGAAGAGACACUGGUGGAGAUGCGGCUGUACUUGCCGCCUGCUGUGGCUACUGGCGACGGCAAUGGGGACGCGUCGGACGCUGUCGUGACGGCCGAAGAGUUCCGGCAGCAGGUGCUGGAGAAGGCCAACAUUCGGAGCGUCAUGGGCAAGAGCAUUGUCGACUUGGACGAGACCAUUGGCACGUUCUUGACGCCGCGUGGGCGCUACGGCGUGGAGAUCUACGGCUCGUUCUUGCGCAUGCACGGCAAGACGUUUGACUAUAAGAUUAUGUACUCGAACAUCAAUCGCUGCUUCUUGCUGGAGCUGCCAAAUGGCAUUAACACUGCGUUCGUCAUUAGUCUGGAAGAGCCGAUUCGACAGGGGAAACAGGGCUACCCGCACUUGGUGCUGCAGCUGAGCAAGAACGACGUGCACAUUGACGUGAACCUCUCGAGCGACGAGAUCAAACAGUACAAUGGCAACAUCCACGAACGCAUGUCGGGCGCCUUGCCGCAGAUCGUCGCGACGCUGUUUAAGUUUAUCAUUGGCAAGAAAGUGUACACGUCGGGCAAAUUCAAGACGCAUAGUGGCGACCGGGCCGUCAAGUGUGCAGUCAAGGCCCAGAGCGGCGUGCUGUUUCCGCUGGAAAAGUCGUUUAUGUUUAUCCACAAACCGACGACGUUUAUUCGCUACGAAGAGAUUGACUACAUUGAGUUUCAGCGCUACGCUGGACAGAGCGGCUCGUCAGCAAGUCGGAACUUUGAUCUGCUCGUGAGCUGCAAGUCAGUGGGCGGUGAGGCCGCGCGGGAGUAUCUGUUCUCGGCAAUCGAUCGACGCGAGUUUCCCGAGCUCAGUCAGUUUCUGACGUCAAAGAAGCUGCGCAUUCGCAACCUCAAGGAAUCGCAUGGUGCCGGUGCACCGGCAGGCUCGAAGAAGCGCGACUUUAACGAGUACCUCGAGGAUUUGGGUCCAGAGGAGGGCGAGAUUGAAGACGAAGAGGACGAGGAAGACUCGGACUUUGGACCUGGCGAGGAUUCAGCGAGCGAGUCGAGCGACUUUAGCGAUGAGGAGCUCAGUGGUAAGGACUCGGAUGGAGACGACGGUGCAGCAGCCAAGGACGAGUCGGUCGCGAAACAGGAUACGAAGAAGAAGCUAAAGAAGAAGAAAAAGCUCAAGCGAAGCAAGCACAAGUCGAGCCAAGACGAGUAA